CCCACGCAUAACUUGCAUCAACAAUCGGCUGAAUGUAAACUCCAUCUGGGACAAAUCCUGUACAGGUAAGGAGCCUGGGAGACGAAAAAAUAUAUAAGAAGAGGACGCUAUCGUGAACAUACUCAUAGCAGAUUGUACUUGCAACUUCAAGCAUUCAACAAGCGCUUACUGCAACCUAUCGAAUCCAGCAACACCCGAAAUCUCACGCAAUGUCAUUCGCACCUACGACUCCCUACAAGCCUUACGCUGAUGCUCAUGAGAAACCGCAAGGUGCCGGGGAUGCUCGCCCAACAGCACUUCAGAUAAUCAAAGACAACAAUGCUGAGGGCAAGUUCAAAGGCAAGACCAUUCUGAUCACAGGUACCUCUUCUGGCAUUGGCGUCGAAACUGCUAGGGCACUUUACGAGACUGGUGCACAGCUCUAUCUUACAGCGAGGGAUAUCCCGAAGCUCGAGAAAGUCAUCGACGACAUUGUCCAAAACGCCACGAUCAAAGAUGCGCCUCGGCCCAAACCCCUGGAGAUCCAUCUGGACUCUCUGGACAGCGUUCGCAAAGGUGCCGAAGAGUUCAAGAACCAGUCCAAGCAAUUGAAUAUUCUCAUCAACAAUGCUGGAGUGAUGGCUUGCCCCCAAUCAAAGACUAAAGACGACUUCGAACUCCAAGUCGGGACCAACCAUUUUGCCCACUUCCUCCUCUUCCAACUUCUCAAGCCUGUUCUUCUCUCCUCCAGUACACCAGAUUUCCACUCCCGCGUCGUCAAUCUCUCCUCUUCCGGCCACAGAUUCGCCCCAGUCCGCCUCCAGGACAUCAACUUCAGCGAGCCAGAUUCAUAUGAAAAAUGGACUUCAUACGGCCAGUCCAAGACUGCAAACAUCUACAUGGCCACUUCGAUCGAGAGACAUUACGGAUCCAAAGGCCUGCAUGGUCUGAGCGUGCAUCCUGGCGGUAUCAUGACGGAACUUGGUCGGCACUUGAACCAGGACGAUUAUGAACAGCUGAAUUUUGACAAGCUUGAGAAUAUCUUCAAGACUCCGCAGCAGGGCGCCGCGACGACUGUGUGGGCUGUUGUGAGCGAACAUUUUGAAGGAAAGAAUGGAGGCAGAUAUCUGGAAGACUGCAGCGAAUCUGCACCCUUGCCACCCGACUAUGGCAUGAUGGAUCCUGGAUACGCUCCGCACAUUUACAACGAGGAGGACGAAGAGAAGUUGUGGAAGCUGAGCAAUGAACUGCUCGGCUUGCCAGCGGAGGAAUAGCGCUGUGCUGCGAAGCCUACGAGAAGAAUGGAACAAAACAGAAACAAAAGUCAGAAAGUACGUCGAGCGCUCAACUGCUCGACAUUGAAAGGCCAAGUCGUACUG